AUGGCCGAAACAGCAACUGAAAUUCUCAAAACUCUUCCUGCAGUGUGCGAAUAUGACUGGUCCUGCAAGGACAUUUCCAAACGCUUUACAGUGUUUAAUCCUGCGACGGGAGAACCCAUAACAGUCAUCCAGGCCGGAAAUAUGGACACGGUUGACGGAGCCAUCCAGGCGUCACAAAAGGCAUUCGAGUCAUGGCGAUGGAAGACUCAACGGGAGCGGUCACUCUACCUCCUACAGGCGGCCGACGAGAUUCAGAAGCACAGCCAUGAAUUGGCCGUCUUGCUGUGCCUCGAAAACGGGAAACCUGUGAAAGAUGCCUCCUUUGAUAUUACGUUCUUAGUGCAAGUUUUCCGAUACUUUGGAUCGAUUGCCGACAAAUUACCUUCUGAAUUUUUCGACCAAGGAAAUAUCUACUCUAGCGUGAUCUAUGAGCCCCAUGGAGUGUGCGUGGGGAUCCUACCAUAUAAUUGGCCUCCGGUACAUGCAGGGGGGAAACUGGCGCCAUGUCUAGCAGCGGGCAACACCAUGGUGUUAAAGCCCGGCGAGCAAGCCCCAUUGACGCUUAUGCGGAUCGUUAAAAUCCUGCAGUCCGUGUUGCCCGCCGACGUUGUCCAAGCAGUGCCGGGACUGGGUCCUGAAAUCCCAAAGGCCAUGAUAAAUCAUCCGCUUGUCAAGAUGGCCUCGCUGACAGGAUCCACCGCAGCGGGCUCCAAGGCUGCUCAAACUGCAGCGAUGACUCUGACCCCCACGGUGCUUGAACUGGGUGGGAAGAAUGCCUUUGUGGUCUUCGAGGACGCCGACCUGGAGUUGGUCGUGCGCGACACCAUCGAUGGUGCUUUCUUCAACAAGGGCGAAUCGUGUACCGCCGCAUCGCGGAUUCUAGUGCACAAGGAUCUGUAUUCGAUCUUUGUCACUCGCCUGACGACGGCUGUGAAGAAACUGCAAACAGGCGAUGGCUUCAACGAGACGACGCACGUCGGUCCUGUAGUCUCUCGGGACCGACAGCUAGAGAUCCUGUCGUACAUCGAGCAAGGUAAACGUGAGGGGGCGACUCUAUCUGCACAAGGAGACCUACCCACGGCAAGCCAUCUGUCGGGAGGGUUUUAUGUCGCUCCCACGCUAUUUACGGAUGUGAAGGCGGACAUGAACAUUGCACAGGUGGAGAUGUUUGGGCCCGUUGUGACGGUUGGUUCUUUUGAAACCGAAGAGGAAGCCGUCAGCAUUGUCAAUUCUUCUCAAUAUGGCCUUUUUGCAGGGGUAUACUCUGCCAACUUUAGUCGCGCCAUGCGCGUCACUCGAAAAUUGGACGUUGGGGUUGUUUUAGUCAACAACUACUUCCGGGGCCUUUUGGGCACGCCUUUUGGGGGCGUCAAGGAAAGUGGAUAUGGAAGGGAGCAUUGGAUUGGCACCUUGAGGGAAUGGAGUCGGAUCAAAAAUGUUCGCUUCCCCAGUGGUCUGGGCUCUAUACCAGCUUGGGGAGGCGCAGUCGAUGUAUGCAAGUAG